UUUAUACCGUUGUCACGCGACCCGCACGUGUGAAACAAGCAGAGGACACACACAUGAAGUAGGGGAGACAAGAUAACAAGACACACCUGGGAAAGAGCACAGCAGGCGAGGCUUUCAUAAACCCCGGCUCUCCCUCGCCCCAUGCACAACGCCUCAGCAUUUGCAACAAAGAUGUCCCGCGGCGUGGCUUGCGUAGCAGUGGUGGCGGUGGUGGCGGCGUGCCUGACGGGCGCCCUGGCGGUGUGUCCUUCAGGCAUCUCGCCAUGCACUUGCCGCGAGGAGACACAAGGGCGCAUCAUGGACUGCACCAAAGCGUCCUCCUCCGCCGAUCUGGUCAAAGUCUUCCAGACGGACAUGGGCGACUCUCGGUUCGACUACUUCCAAGUGGUGCCCCUCGACGGCCGCUCGAGCCUGGAGGCGCUCCCGGCCCACGUGUUCGGCGGGAAGACGUUCAUCUGGCUGUGGAUCGGCCAGACGGACAUCGCCUCCGUCGACCCCAACGCCUUUUCAGGGAUGGAGGAGACGCUGGUGGACAUCACCCUGGCCGACUCCAGCAAGCUGACGACCUUCCCCUUCGGCAGCGUGGACACCUACAAGAGCCUGUACAAGGUGUUCCUCUCCAACACUCAGAUCACCAAGAUGGACCCCGUCGCCCCCGCGCCCAACCUGGCCGAGGUGAGCGUCCCCGGCAGCCAGAUCGCCAGCGUCGCCCCCAGCGCGUUCGCCGACCUGCCCCGCCUCGCUCGGGUCGACCUCAGCAGGAACCCGCUGACGGCGCUCGAGGACAACUGGUUCGCGGCCGCCACGUCAGAGCCGUGGGUGCUCUACCUGGACAACUGUGACAUCGCUGACAUCUCCCCAGGGGCGUUCUCCGGCACGCUCCCUGCCGGCCUUUUCCUCAACGGCAACAAGAUGACGUCCAUUCCUGAGGCCACCUUCCGCCCCCUGCUGGAGAACAUGGCCUCAUCGACGGCACUCGUGCACUACGUCGACCUGAGCAAGAACCCGCUGGAGUGCGACUGCGCCGUGCAGUGGAUCGCCCAGGACGCCACGCUCUCGCCCUUCGUCAGGAAUGCCGUGUGCAGCAACGGCGAGGUCGCAGGGACGCCCAUCCAGGACCUCCCUGCUGACUUCUUCGGCGGGUGUUAAGAGAAAGGCAAGGGGAGGGCAGGGCGAGAGCCUUCGGGAAAGACGUCGACAAGAGAAGCCAAGAAAGGGAGACGCGUCCUGCUCCCCCUCCGCCGACUCCCAUUCCAAAUAUAAAGGAAGGAAUAAAUAAUCCACAAAGUU